CAUGUAAGGAAGAGAAAAAUAUUUCAAUGCUCUCUAAGCUAACGUAUACAUAGAUUGCAGCUGGAAACCUUCAUCCUGAGUUAAUAAGACUUCUUUUGCAACACGGAGCAGAUGGGACAGCCAGAACCGGGGAGCAUGCCUUGAUGCCCUGGGAAAUGACAGCAAUUUUCCCCUGUGUGACGCUAGGUAUUCGAUAUAAGAGAUCUUACCCUUACAUGUUCUGCCGUUUCAAUAAACUUCAGGUCCAGAACGACUAUGAGACUUACAACAUGCAGAGGAGGGUUUUGCUCGCCCUGACAGAGCUUGAAAGAAAUCAAAUACUUAUUGAUUGUCCUACAACAAGCAAAUUUUCCACCUUUCAAACGAUGCUUGUACUGGAAGAAACCCUCACCGCCAAUGAAUUUUGUGCCUCUACUCAUAACGAGGCCGGAUCAUCUCGGCCUUGCUCUUGGCUGCUUAGAAAUCUCCAACAUUCGGAUGAAGGUCCUUCUUGGAUGGAUCUUAUUGUUCAAGUUCUUCUCCUCGGCUUUGUAGACCUCCCUGAUUUGGUACGUGAGAUUCGUCAGUACUACAAUGACGAAUCUCUCAAAGCAGAUAUGUAUCAGGUGGCAAGGGGAGGUCUUGACCGGACUGAAUACGAUGACGGCACCAAGACAUUCGUAAGUGAAGUAAGAAAAUACGGUUUUAGCAAUUUUAAAGUAUUUUUGGAAGAGAUCAAGGACAUACAUUUUAUUAUCACCAAACCCUUUUACAAUUUCGAGCUAGAGAGAUGGACAACACAACCAGGAACUUUAGCAAGAGCAGCCCUGGCUGAACAGCUAAGCUUCUGGUGGUUUCGGUUUUUAUUAGAAUACUUGAACGUCAAUCUGGAGGAGUUUGCGAUACAAGAAUGCGCGGUGCUUGAUGAUGGCUGGACACCGAAAACGUUUAUCGCACUUUUCGAAGACCAGACUCCUCUCUAUGAGGACCAGUUCGUCUUUCUUGAUUUCGAUAGAUCUUGCCGCCUAUGUGGGUCGUUUCCGUAUACCCAGUAUUGGUCUCGUAACCCAUGGAAUGAGCUCUGGAGAGAGCACGUCAAGAAGAUAAAGGCCGGGUUCAGCCCUGAUGACCCAGAAUCAGAGAAAGAGCGAGCGUUGCAAAGAGAUUGUGAAAGAUGGACACAUGGCUUUGCAUGCGAAGACAUUUGCAUACAGUGCCAAUUAAGUAUGGAAGAGAAGCUAGAUAUGGAGAGGGAAGAUUGUCAGGAGAACUCUCCAUUUCUCCUCGACAUUGACAUCUGAUUCAUUCGGCUCAAUCUCGAUUACAUCAAUCAUCAUGACUCGGCUCCGUGAACGAUUAUCUGAGCGGCAGCGACAAUCCAAACAACAGUAGCAGAAGCGGAAGCGGAAGCCAUUG